UUCCCCCGCGUUUUUCGCGGUCUCCAUGGAGUGUUGGACUGCGUGUCGUACGACGUUCCAAGUCUACGCAUGAGUCCUUGACGAAGCCGAGUCUCCGCAGCAACGUGCCAUCCGUGUAUCAUUCGAGGACGUUCAUUCUCCAAUGAGGAGAGGGGUGACGAGAGUAAAGAAAUCGUCCAAAGCAACACAACAGCGUAGAGAGUCGUUUCAAGAAAUGUGAGCGUCAGUCACUGCGUCGCGGAAAACGCGAGUGAUUCCGAGCCGGAGCUCAUGCCGUGAAUUUCAGAAGGCCUGCUCCGAGGGAUUGCUAGGGGUUGUCGCGAGCCUCCAGAGACCUGGUGUCCGGGAAAAAGCGUGGAAUCGUGUCUUCGAUCACUCUCGGGAAAGAGCGGUCUCGGAGCUCUAUGAAGGCUGCAAACGGAAAUCUGAGCGGAACUACGAACGAUGGAGCUGCAGCUUGAUUGUGAAGUUCACAUAGACCUCGCACACAGAGAACGAAGACGCGCAGACAGACUCCUCCAAUCCCACAGGUUCGACGAAGCUAUCAGUGCACAUCAGGACGCCAUCACUCAACUUGAGAAAGUUUUGGCAUUCGCAAAGGAUCCUGUGGUGAACGAAUCAAUCCAACUCCAGAUCGCUUUCCACAAUCGGCAGCAAUUGAUAGUCGCCUGUAGAAGGGAAAAGCAGAGAAGUCUUCUGAAGAGACAAGCUUCGGUGUCUUACUGCAGAGAGACUGGUGAGGUAAUCGAAAUCGCAGAGAUGGCCUUACCGGACCAGACGGAUCAAGAUCAGGACGAAACCAAUACCACGAAGAUGCAUAUGCUCUUCAAUCAGAAUGCUGAUCUCUUGCAACAAUUGUACAGGAAAUCCAAGGAUAGUAAAUCGCAGAACAGUGACUGUCAGGUCAUCGAUGAGCUCCGCGCGAACAACACAGAGUUGAGGAAGAUGCUCGGGCAUCUCGCGAGCGACAAUUGCGCCCUACGGCGGCGAAAUCGGGAACUGCGAGACGAGAUAGAAUUCCUGAGGUCGAAACUCAAUCAGGUCGAGCAGCCCCGACUCGUUAUCCCGGAGCUCGCUCCGCUAGAGAGGCCGGAUUUCGACGCAUAGCUUUGAGGGAACCAUUCUCAUGUUGUAAUCGAAAGCACAAGACCUACUUUACUCCAUUUUCGAUAGUGAUGCUUCCCAAUAGUUCUCAAUCGUUGAAAUAUUCCAUUAUACACAUGCAUGCCCUCAGCAGGAAGUCCUCAAACUUGUACAUUUUCCGUCCGCUGCUCUCGCAUAGAGCAUUUUCCUCCCUGGAAUUUUAUGUUGAAUAAACAAGAUGAUGUGUUUCCCAAAC